AUUGGUACAAAUAUAUUGAUAUAGCGCUAGAUUGAGAUGGGCUUCUGUAUAAUACAAAUGUUUUCUUCUUGCAGCCUUAGCCCACAUGCUGUAGGCUAAUAUUACAACUAGCGUAAUACAUUAGUGGAAAAGGCAUAGUGGUUGUGGAAAUAGAUUGAUCCAGAGCCUUUUAUGGCAAAUGAAGGCUCUGGGUUGUUCUGGUAUAAUUAUAUUUCAUACAAAUGGUAUUUUACCCAUACACUUUACAAUGCCUUUAUGCGUCCAUACAACAGCAUAUGCGCCAUAUUGACCAAUGUAUGUUCCAGAGAUAAAGAGAAUAUAACACAUGAAAAUCAUAUUCAAAAGUAAUUAACACCACAAGAUUGUCGUUAAUAACAAAGGUUAUUCGCACAUGCCGCAACAAGGCCUUGAUUUACCGUGACCUCAAAGGUGUUUCAAUCCAUACCAAUACAUUAUUUGGUAUGGUUACUUAUACAUUUGGAAAAUUAUUUCAUAUCACACACUUUAAUUAAGAAACGCAUUCACUCAUUGCAACGCAUCAGUUGAACUAACGUCUCUGUCCAGUUCUGCCCCUGGUCACAUGACUGGCGCUCUGAGMAAUGGAUGGAGAACAAACUGCACGUCAGCUUCACGUCUUACAAUUUGUUGCUCAACGGAUCUGCUUCAAAGUGACUGGAGCCUAGCAGCACAUAGGAACGAUGCGAAGGGAGGGUUGGUAGACUAUUAGAGUAGGCUACAGGCUACGCAAGAUCGAAUCAUUAUGGAUUUUGAUGAGCGGGUCCCAGUUGGGUCUAAUAUGUAUUUGCCCGGCAGCUGCACCUAUUACGUCUCGGGAACAGACUUCUCAAGCCUCCCUCCUUUUUUGUCCCACCAGAGUCAGUCUUCUUGUCCCUUGACAUAUUCCUACCCAUCCUCAACUCUGCCACAGCUUCCGUCUGUCAGAGAGGUAGCUUUCAGGGACUAUCAUGGCAUCGGUAGCUCCAGUAAAUGGCACCACCAUAGGGGCGGUAUGUCACACUGCUACCCCACUGAGGACACMGUGCAUAGGGACUGUCUAUCAAGCUCGACCUCCUUGGGGGAAAUAUUCACGAGAAAUAACUCCAGUGAUGUCUAUCACUCCAGCAGCUCCAAUCCUACAUCAAGUCUCCAGGGCAGUGUGAGUAGGAAUGGAGUGUUACCGCAAGCAUUUGAUCCGUUUUUCGAUACUGCUCAAGGGAGCGCAGACACCACACCAACAAGCGAACACUCCGUGGACAGAACUGUCACCAAACAACCUACAGUUCCGGUGACCGGUUCCGACAAGUGCCGGGAUACAGAGGAGGGACCGCCGGGCGAGGUGAGCUGCAGCCCCGUGUCUUCUUCCGGCAACAAUGAGGAGAAAUAUAGCGCCAGCCGUGAGUAUAAAGACGACGUGCACCAGUUCUGUGAGAAAGUUUGCAAUCUAACGCGCUGCUGUUAAGGCGUUUAUAUGCUGUUUUAUAAGCGCAUAAGGUGGACAGAGACCCGUAAGAAGAGAUGUCCAUACAACAAAUACCAAAUCAAAUUGGAGAGGGAGUUCUUUUUCAGUGUUUACAUCAACAAGGAGAAACGUCUUCAACUUUCGAGGAUGCUCAAUCUCACCGACCGCCAAGUUAAAAUCUGGUUUCAAAACAGGAGGAUGAAAGAGAAGAUGAACAGAGACCGUUUUCAGUAUUAUACCACGAACCCUAUGCUGUAACACUGGCGGAUGGAUGUCAUCUCCCCUCAGACAAGGCAUGCAUGAAGCUCAAUCGCUAAUUUCAAGUUCGUUGGUCUGCAAAUUCCUGAUUACACCUCUCCCGUGAUGAACGGACAUUUGUAGAUGUAUUUGUCCACCAUACUUACUUUGUUGAGAGUAAUAUCUAGUGUAUUAUUAUUAUUAUUAUUAGUAUURGCCUAUUUUCAUUUUAGGUGAUUUUCUUAUUGAUCUUUUGAUCUUUCUAUUUGUUGUUACGAAAGUGUGGUGCCACCAAAACAGAACAUAUAUUUGGUCGAAUCCUAACUUGCGUAAAAGUCACAUUUUCGAGCAAAUUAUUUAAUUGGCAUCAAUGCAUAAUGCAUGAAUUACACGAAAGUUUGAUUUACGCGCGCCCAUUUCAUGUCGAAUUCGACAUUUAACUAUGUACCAUAUUUAACAACCUGUAUCUUUACAUUUAUUAUAUAUACACCCACAAAGGGGACAUACCUUUUCCAUGACGAGAAGGCAUGAUUUAUCCCAAACUUUGUUGGUUGUUUGUUGUCGCCAUUACACACGCACAGAAGGACUAGGCUAUAGUUUAAAAUAGGCCUGUUAUUUAUGCAUUGAUUGUCAUUGUUGUUGUUCUCGUGAAAUAUUCGACAUACAAAGGUUAUAUUGUAAAAUUGUUCAAUCAACCCUGAUACUUGAAAGUGUUCGUUUUGUUUAAGUUCUCAAUGUCGGAACAUAUCAGCUAUUUUCCUGCGUUUUUGGCAAGAGAAAAGCUGCUCCAAUACAUUGAGCCGAAAUUGCCUAAUUGUGGGACAUUGUAGGGCUUUGUCUUCAUUUUUGAGCCAAUUCAAAUGUUCCUCGGUGUAAAUAGCCUACGAUGUUUUUUGGAAUGAYUAGGYCCUAUAUAGGCUUAGCCUAUUUCACACACCCUAUUGGAGACAUACGAGUCACAGGUCGAGACCUUUCCCUUUGUUUUCUUMGUUUAUUUUCUAAAUUGGAUGAAUGGGUCUAUAUGUCUCGAGAAAAUAUCUCCUUGUAUGAUUCUCGACAUAAAACCUGGCUGCGUGGGUCAUAUCAGAUGUAUGAUGUAUUUGACUUUACAUUGCCCCCAUGGGCCGAAAUGGGAUCCUGUGCCAUUAAUGUUAAAUAUCCAUUACGGAAGUUCCACCCAAAAGGUUGUCUAGCACGUUAUUUUAUUCAACUUUAUGUACCAUGCUAACCCAUCUAUCACCGGACGACUUUUAUAUACAAUCAACGUCUGGAGUUUAAAUGUCCCGCGUUUAAGUUUAUUGUUUCAAAAAUAAUACUAGGCCUAUAAAAGAGAAUGUAUAGCCUACUUUAAAUAAAUAAAGCAAAAUACUUAAGGUAGGCCUACAUUUAAAAUAAACUUGAUCAGUUGUUUUAUUAUAUUGCCAAAUGUUGAUAUUAGACCUACUGAUUGUGUAUUAGGCCUAUGUGUAAAAUUGGCUAAUGUUUGUCAAUAUUUCGGUUAAUGUCUUAUAGUUCAAAKCCUAUGGGCGUUCAUGAAUAGUGGGCUAGUGAAAACACCAAUUAAGAGGGAUAGCAGCAUUAAGCUAGUGUAGAUGGCCGACUGCAGCCAGUCCGGGUGAUGGUGUUGGGCCGUGCAUCCUGUCCCGUCAGGCCAGCCGGAAUGCCGCCUUUACGGACACAUCCUCCCU